UUCUUCAUCAUCCACGGCUGGACGAUGAGUGGCAUGUUCGAAACCUGGUUGGGCAGCUUGGUGUCUGCUCUUCAGGAGAGAGAGAAGGACGCCAACGUGGUCGUGGUGGAUUGGCUUCCACUUGCCCACCAGCUCUAUACUGAUGCUGUGAACAACACGCGGAUUGUUGGAAAAAGCAUAGCGAGGCUGCUCGACUGGUUACAGGAGAACCCACUCUUCCAGCUUGAGAAUGUCCACCUGAUUGGGUACAGCCUGGGUGCCCACGUCGCUGGCUUUGCUGGUAACCAUGUCCAUGGGACAAUAGGGAGAAUUACAGGCUUGGAUCCGGCUGGCCCUAUGUUUGAAGGAGCAGACCCUAGCAAACGCCUCUCCCCUGAUGACGCUAACUUUGUGGAUGUCCUUCACACCUACACCAGGGAGACACUAGGCGUUAGCAUUGGGAUCCAGAUGCCUGUAGGCCAUGUUGACAUCUACCCCAACGGGGGAGACUUCCAGCCUGGCUGUGGAUUGGGUGAUGUCUUGGGAGCAAUUGCCUAUGGGACAAUUGGUGAAGUUGUUAAAUGUGAACACGAGCGGUCUGUGCACCUCUUCGUGGACUCCCUCGUGAACCAAGAUAAACAAAGCUUCGCGUUUCAAUGUACCGAUUCCAGUCGCUUCAAGAAGGGCAUCUGCCUGAGCUGCCGGAAGAACCGCUGCAACGGCAUCGGCUACAACGCCAGGAAAACACGGAACAAAAGAAACAGCAAGAUGUACUUGAAAACAAGAGCUGACAUGCCGUUCAAAGUCUACCAUUAUCAGAUGAAAAUGCAUGUCUUCAGCUACGAAGGCUUGGGAGAGGCUGACCCCACUUUCUCCGUCACCCUUCAUGGCACCAAUGGAGACUCUGAACCCCUCUCUUUAGAAAUGCUUGAUCAAAUUGGUCUAAAUGCCACGAACACCUUCCUGGUCUAUACUGAAGAGGACAUGGGUGAACUUUUAAAAAUAAAGCUCACCUGGGAGGGAACAUCUCAGUCAUGGUACGAUCUGUGGAAAGAGCUGAAGAGCUACUGGUAUCGGCCUGCGAAGUCUUCCCAGGAACUGCAUAUCAGACGCAUACGUGUGAAAUCUGGAGAAACGCAGCAGAGGUUUGCCUUCUGUGUGGAGGAUUCCCAGUUGACCAGUAUAUCUCCGGGUAAAGAGCUCUGGUUUGUGAAGUGCGCAGAGGAAUGGCGAAAAAG